AUACAGAAUGCAACCUUUCUCGUUAUGCCAGUUACGCCGCUCGAGGCCGAAAAUAUAACUCCAAAAGUAGCCACGCUUCCCAACCCGAAAGAUGAUCUGGACAAAUAUUUAGCAAGUCUUAGCGGAGAUGUGAGCAACUUCAAGUUUUGCGCCAUGCUCACUGCGAGUGUUUUCAAAGGGUCGGACGGUGCACUGUUGGGAAAACCAGGAGACCUAGUAAAUAAUCUUUCCUCUGUGCCCGUACAAAAAGAUAUGUGCAACACGUCGUCUGCAGUGCUCGACCCUACGGCAAUGGCUUUGUACAGCGUCGUCAGUUUCGAGUUCUACGGAUACGAUAACCCGACCACGAUUGCCACAAAAGUAAGGAGUAUACUGAAGGCCCACACAACAUUUUGUAUUUUGAUUUACAACGUCCAUCAUGACGACGUCCAAAACACCUGCGACAGGGGAAAAUUCCUGCUCACAACGGCCGCGAGGAAAGCCUUCGACAACACCUAGAAUCAUCGGAGUCCGUAUCGUUGGUAGAUGCCCCCUUCAGUGUAUGCGUUUUGGCGCCAAAUGGGCACAUCUCAAAGCAGCACGUUUUAAGGUGCACUUGAGGCUCGUUCAGCAUACCUUUCUUCCUCUGGCAAGAGGAAAAAUGUAUACUGAACGAUGUAUACAACAAAUAAUGCUAUACAACGAAUAAACGACUUGCGUGAAGAUCGCCCAUAUAAAAAUGUAUAUUUUGAAGUUGA